AUGACUAAAAUCUUUAUUACCGGCGCUACUGGCUACAUUGGCGGCGACUCACUAGCCACUCUCGCUGCAAAGCACCCAGACUUCUCCUAUGCAGCUCUAGUCCGCACCAACGAGAAAGCUGAACAGGUCAAAGCCCAGUAUCCAAACGUCCGUAUUGUUCUGGGAGACCUUGACGACUCCGCUCUGUUAGAGAAAGAAAGUGCAGCUGCGGAUAUCGUGCUACACACCGCCGAUGCAAGUGACCAUGUUGGCGCUGCAAAGGCCAUAAUAGCCGGUCUAGUAUCAGGCCAUACCAAAGAGCACCCUGGUUACCUGCUCCACACUGGAGGAACGGGUAUCCUCACCUGGGAAGACAGCGACAAGAACGAAUUCGGAAAUAGAAGCGAGAAGAUCUACAACGACUGGGAUCGUGUUGAGGAGCUGCUCAAUCUCCCAGACCAUGCCUUCCACCGAAACGUAGACCAGCUCAUCCUUGAUGCGGGUACGCAGCAUGCCGAUGUCCUCAAGACAGCGCUUGUCUGUCCACCUACGAUUUAUGGCAAGGGCCGAGGACCUUGCUCUCAGCGUGGGCGUCAGGUUUACGAAUUGGCCAAUGUAACGCUCCGUAUCAAGAAAGGCCCGAUAAUCGGCGCUGGCCAGUCCAUCUGGAACAAUGUGCAUGUCCAUGACCUGAGUGAUGUAUACUCACUUCUAGUAGAUGCAGCGGUUGCAGGCCGAACCGACGACGGGCUCUGGGGAGCUAAGGCCUACUACCUCACCGAGAACGGAGAACACGUCUGGGGCGAACUAGCCCAAGAUACAGCAAAUGCAGCCGCCAAACUUGGGUACAUCCCGGAGGCCAAGGCUGAGUCAAUCGACCUGGACAGUGCGAAAAAGUAUGCAGGCUUUGAAUCUCUAAGCUGGGGCAUGAACUCUCGUGGUCGUUCGCAGCGCGCACGUCAGAUGCUAGGCUGGAAGCCGUACCGACCCAGUUUGGUGGAUGAACUGCCUGAAGUUCUUCAGGGCGAGUGGCAACGUCUGCAGGAUUCUUCUUGA